GGGCUGUGUUUUGUGGGCUGGGAGCAUGGCGCAUUGCUUCACCUGGGUGUAUGCUGGCUCAUGGAGAGUCGGUUGCCGGCCCUCUGGAAUGUACUGACGAAGAAGUACGGGAUGAAUCAACGCGAGGAAUUACGUGUUCGACGUGAAGGCGGUCUUUGAUAUUGAUUUGGGUAAUGGAGUUACUCGUGUACGAUAGAGACGUGGGGUUUUUGUUGGUUGGUUGGACUUACUUGCAAGCCCCGGCUUUCUCAUAUUGCAUCACUUCAAAAAGGGGGAGGGAGGAGGGCAUAUUCACGCGGAGAUUCCGGACUGGCCUCCUCGACUGGACCCCAGCAGAACUGCGCGAGGACUGGCGUCAAAACGCGACCGUUGAUUGGGAGGAGGUAUCGUUGCGUUGUUUCCUGGUUUCAGACUUAUACCACCUUAUAGUUUCGUUCCUUUUUCUUUCCUUUUUCAACUCACAAGGUAGCUGCAUCAUAGUUUUGCGGGCUGGGGUGGAUGGAGUUAGGGAUGCAUAUAUACUCGUUUCGCCUUGAUCAGCUUCUUCCUGGUUUCUAUUAUGGUGAUGUGGGAGACGAUGGGGAGCUUUCUAGUCUUCCUAGCAAGUCGUUGGUUUUGCUCCUGGCGGUCUGAGGUUUCGCCGCAAGUACCAUAAGAGCCCAUUCUGCAUCACCU